AUGCCUGCCCUUGGAAGCGAGGAUGCGGCCAUGCGCUACCACGAUCCGUUCCCACGCAGCUCGGACCGUCCAUGCUCGUCGGCAGAACCACAUUCGAUGACCCUGGUCAAGCAACGAGGGCCCAUACCCCAACAAUAUUUUCAAUCCAUACUGUGGCCGAAGGAAUUCGACCCUUUCGAUUCGUUUCUUAGAUCACUGGCUCCAAAUGAGGAUAAGCUGAUCAGGGUUUUCGUUCAGCACCGAGUGCUGAAAGCCAUGUCAUACCUUCCGGAUCCAAAGAUGUCGUAUAUAUCAGAUCUCGAUAGGUUCUGGCAUUGCGUCACUAUGUACUGGGUUCAAACGGCGCUGUGGGACAGCGGCAUGCUCGAUAGCUUGUUUCUCUUGACCUGUCGGUAUAUAGCUGACCGCGCUCCGGGCUGGAAGUCAGGAUUCACACAUCAAGCGCUGCAUUACAAGCGAAGGUGUCUGCGUGAGAUUGAGCACUCGGAGUCAUUUACUGACCACGUCAUAACAACACGAAUGGCUAUGGUAGCCGAUGAGACCAUGUUUGGAACCUCGACUCGGGUGGAGCGACAUCUCCGAGAGACGCUCUGGAAAUGUGUUAAUAAGCUAUACUCAAGGAUGUGGUGGGAGUAG